UAAAAAAGAAAAAAGAAUCAGAGAAUCUUAGAAGGUGACCUUUGAGAUUAUCUGGGGAAACUCUUGUAUUUCAGAAGAGGAAGAUGAAAACUGAGGACACUAACUUGCCCAAGCUCACACUGUUAGCGACUGUACUAGUCAAGGUGACUCUAGGGUAUGCUACAGUAAUAGUCAAACCCCAGUCUCUAGGGUGUAACCCAUAGAAGUUUAUUUCCUACUCACAAAAUGUCCUCUUUAAGUCCAGAGACUUCCCAGAGCAGCACCAUUCCAAACAAUGAUUCAGGGAUCCAGUCUGCUGUUGUGGGUUCUGCCAACUCAACUCAUACCUUCCAGGAAGAGAAAGUAUAGAGAACAUGUAUCACUUCUUCUCAUAACCCUUCAGCCAGAAUUAGACACAUGCCCUACCCUAACUACAAGAGAGGUUGGUUAAUGUAGUGGGAAGAAAGUGGACAUGAGAUAUUUAUGUGCUGUUUAUGAGCACUACAUUCUCUGUCAUAGUCCCAGAACUAGGAAUAUACUGAUCCCCGUAAUCCAGUCUUUUUUAUUACAGUUUAUGGGAAGUGGAGCCCACUUCAUGGAUUUGCUAGCACCUGUGUUCUAUCUUACUGUUACUGUGGACUUGGCAAGAGAACUGAAAACAGAUUUUCAGUCUUGAGAGAAACAACCCCAUUCAGAAACUACACAAACAGCACCAAACAUGCAGCUGGACACACAGUAGGUGUUCAAUAAAUGUUGGUUGACGGCUUAAGGCAAAGCAGAGAUGGAAGCUGGAUUUCAUUCAGACCCGGAGCAGGAGCUCCGCCCACAACGCACCGCCCCAGCCCCGGCGCCUUAAAACCCGGUGCACACCGCCCAGCCGCGCCCCGUCUGGCGCACCUCUUCUCUCCUUUGGACCUUCAGCUGCAGCCGCUCUCCCGGCCCUGGUCCCAGCACCAUGAGCUUCGGCUCGGAGCACUACCUGUGCGCCUCCUCCUACCGCAAGGUGUUUGGAGAUGGCUCUCGCCUAUCCUCGCGCCUCUCCAGCGCCGGUGGCGCGGGUAGCUUCCGCUCGCAGUCGCUGUCCCGCUGCAAUGUCGCCUCCUCGGCCGCCUGCUCCUCGGCCUCGUCGCUCGGCCUGGGCCUAGCCUACCGCCGGGCCCCGGCAUCCGACGGGCUGGACCUGAGUCAGGCGGCGGCGCGCACCAAUGAGUACAAGAUUAUCCGCACCAACGAGAAGGAGCAGCUGCAGGGCCUCAACGACCGCUUCGCUGUGUUCAUCGAGAAGGUGCACCAGCUGGAGACGCAGAACCGCGCGCUCGAGGCCGAACUGGCCGCGCUGCGACAGCGCCACGCCGAGCCGUCGCGCGUCGGCGAGCUCUUCCAGCGCGAGCUGCGCGACCUGCGCGCGCAGCUGGAGGAGGCGAGCUCGGCGCGCGCGCAGGCCCUGCUGGAGCGCGACGGGCUGGCCGAGGAGGUGCAGCGGCUUCGGGCGCGCUGCGAGGAAGAGAGCCGAGGGCGCGAAGGCGCGGAGCGCGCCCUGAAGGCGCAGCAGCGCGACGUGGACGGCGCCACGCUGGCCCGCCUGGACCUGGAGAAGAAGGUGGAGUCGCUGCUGGACGAGCUGGCCUUCGUGCGCCAGGUGCACGACGAGGAGGUGGCCGAGCUGCUGGCCACGCUGCAGGCGUCGUCGCAGGCCGCGGCCGAGGUGGACGUGGCUGUGGCCAAACCAGACCUGAGUUCGGCGUUGAGGGAGAUCCGCGCCCAGUAUGAGUCCCUGGCUGCCAAGAACCUCCAGUCAGCUGAGGAGUGGUACAAGUCCAAGUUUGCCAACCUGAACGAGCAGGCAGCGCGCAGCACCGAGGCCAUCCGGGCAAGCCGUGAGGAGAUUCACGAGUACCGGCGCCAGCUGCAGGCCCGCACCAUCGAGAUUGAGGGGCUGCGUGGGGCCAAUGAGUCCCUGGAGAGGCAGAUCCUGGAGCUGGAGGAGCGGCACAGUGCAGAGGUGGCUAGCUACCAGGAUAGCAUCGGGCAGCUGGAGAAUGAUCUGAGGAACACCAAGAGUGAGAUGGCUCGUCACCUUCGGGAAUACCAGGACUUGCUCAAUGUCAAAAUGGCUCUUGAUAUUGAGAUUGCUGCUUACAGGAAACUGCUGGAAGGCGAAGAGACACGUUUUAGCACCAGUGGAUUAAGCAUUUCAGGGCUGAAUCCACCUCCCAAUCCGGGUUAUCUGCUCCCACCUAGAAUCCUCAGUUCUACAACCUCCAAAGUCUCAUCCACUGGGCUGUCUCUUAAGAAAGAGGAGGAGGAGGAGGAAGAGGCUUCUAAGGUGGCCUCUAAGAAAACCUCCCAGAUAGGAGAAAGUUUUGAAGAAAUACUGGAGGAGACGGUCAUAUCUACUAAGAAAACCGAGAAAUUGAAUAUAGAAGAAAGUACCACUUCAAGCCAAAAAAUUUAAUUCUGUUGCUUUAAUAAGGUUAAUGCUUAAGAGGGGAUAAUAUGCAUUCGACUUGUUAAAGAGCCUAUUCCUGAACCAAAACACCUGUCACCACUAUAAAAUGUCUUCAAGGCUUCAGUCUCCUAUUUAGCAUUGAAUCCUUACUUUCUCUAAUAAGAAAAGCACCCCUUAGGUUGGAGCAAGCUGCAGUCCUAGCACAACCACAGAGGAGUUAUCUAAGAAUUCCGCUUUCUCACCUAAAGCUCAGGCUUCACAGCAUUAGAUGAUUCAGGUACAGAGGAAGUACAAAUCAAGGUGCUAAAUCUGUGAUCAUCGUCAUUUGCUGUGAAUUGAAAUUAAAACCUGUAUUUGCUCGCUAUACCCAGACAUUACCCCGCUAUAUAGUCUCACUCUAGGUACAUAAAACAUAAGAUCACUGCCAAAGGUAAACCAAUGGUCCACAUCCAACACCAUUCUGACAAAACUGCUUCACAAGUGAUAGGUGUUUGUUUAACGGACACUUCCUCCCACCUCUCACAAUUCCUUGUAUCCUUUCUUCCAUUCAGGAAAAAAAAAAAAAAAAAGAGGCUAGUGUAGUAUUCUUCCCCCUUAAACACAUUUAGGUUCUUCUCAAAAGAACUUACCCCCUUUAGCUCUCUCUGUUCAAUGGGUAAAAUUAGAUGCAUGUUGACCAUUUCUGUGAUUCGUGGAAUGACUUCUCCCUACCCAUUUCAUGUCCUUCCAAUUCUGUAAGGAAAAAAGAAAAAAGAAAAAAAAAAGCAGUGAUAAGUUUUAAGGGUCACCCCAACAAAUACAAUAAUGAAAGGAGUCCCUAGAUUUUAGGCUUUCAGCUUAUUCAAAUCCAUUUAAUUAGGGGAGAAAAAAGUACUUUAUUCUGAAUGUAGCUGUUCACUUUAACUUUAGAAACACACUAAUAGUGUCCCAAGCUGUGAUUAAGCUGACCUUAGAUUUAGUAGUAUAAGCUAGAAGAGGUGAGUAUUUGUGUGGAUGGGAAAAGCCAAGGUCUCAUUGCUCUGUGUCAGUUCAUUUGUGGUGAUCUAGAAUUAGCUUUCGUACCCUGACCCUUAGAACCCACUUAUCCCCUUUUCCACAGUCUAGGUCCUAACAAGGCCUUGCUUUUACUCUCCUAUGCCUUUUAAGAGCGCUAAGUGUAAUUAUAUUAUCCCCAGAAACAAUGCUACUGCCCAAAAGUAAAAGAAGUCACCUCUGGUCAAUCAACACCACUGGCAAACAUGAAAAAGAAAUCUUUCUCUUGUCUUAAUAAAAGAGUCCUGCCCAACAGUUUUCCCAUUGCUGCAUGGUUGGUGGGGUCUCCCUUCCCUACUGGAGAGGCAGCAACGCCCAGACUAGAGAAGGGGUACAUAUGCUCCUACUCACGUGCUAGGAAGUACAUUCUGGAGAGUCAGCUUUUCAUCUGCCCAACUGUGUAGCAGCCGCAUUGCCCAGUCUUCCACGUACAUGUGCCAAGUUUGAUGUCGGGUUAAUUCUCUGUCUGCAUUCACUUCCACCAGACCUAAAGAGUUGCCAGGUCUCUGUCACACAUCUCCAUUCACAACAGAUAGGGCGUGAUGCUUUUACUAAACUUUCUUAUCCUAGGACCUGCUGCAAUGGUUCAAGGAACUGGAAAGAUGCUUUCUCUUCUUCCUUUCCCUCACUCCAUCCCUGUCUUUACUCCUCAGACUUCCUGUAAAACAUUAGUAAGAUAAGAAUUAAAAGUCACACGAAUCCCACCAACAUAA